AUGGAUUAUGGUAUUGAAGAGGGUACGAUACCGAGAGAUUUCAUAGAAUACGACUUCGCUGAAGAUGCGCUGGAUUUUGAGUCUCAACUGGCAGAGGCGCGAGAAGUUAAGUUUACACAGACCCUGACGGAGCCUCUAAGGAUUGGAUCACAUAUAAUAUGCACGGGGACGCCCAGCGACGAUUUACCCUGGUUUGCUGUGAAUAUAGGAAGCGGGGACAUUGACUCGGGACGUAGUGACAUAGCUGUACAUUUCAACGUACGUCUUCCACAAAACUACGUGGUUCGUAAUACACGGCGACACAACAAAUGGGGACCCGAGGAAACUACUGCUUUCAGGUUGUUUCCUUUUAAAACAGAUCAUCCGUUCACGAUAGAAGUAGUUGUUGAUGAGAAGGAGACGUUGUGGGCAGUUGACGGGGUACAAUAUUGCAGCUAUGCCCAUAGAAAUCCAAGUCCAUUGACAGCAGAAUGGGUGCAGGUCACAGGUAUACGAGACGCGACACUACAGAUACAGAAGACUGAUAUAUUCCCCACAUUAGCACCAUCUCCCGUCGAACUAAAAUUCGGUGGCAACGAUAACCAUGUUCCAUUAAGACCUAGUGUAGACUCGCCGGCAGAAGCCUCAGAGCCUGCUUGGCAACCGAACGCAAUCGCAUCUUUAUCGACAGGCAUUCCCGAAGGUCACCAACUUGUAAUUUACGGCAGACUGCGGCCACUUCUUCACUCGUUCGCAAUAGAUUUGAUGGAUACUGCCCGUGAGUGGCCUCGACCUAACGUGUUGGCUCACGUCAAUGUACGAGCGUACUUCGAAUCUCAGCGAGAGAGGCAGCUGGUAGUGUUGAACGCAUGGUUUGGAGAAUGGGGACCCGAACGACGACAACGAACUGCUCGACUGAUACCUGGUAGCUGUACAACAUUACGAAUUGUUCGUCAACCGGCGGAUUGGGCAGUUUAUGCGGACGACCUUCUGAUUGGUGAACUAGAAUUUCGCGCUGCAGCUAACGGCGUACGCGCAGUCCGCAUCCGUGGCGACCUCUACCCACAGCAGGUGUACCUAUGUCCAGCCACGAGCUCCCCUAUUCGGGAAUAG